GGGCCACCAGCAUGAAAAGCCCGGGAGGUGUCACGGCCAUUGGGCUGCCGUGCAGACAUCGACGUCACCUGCAGUGUUUGGUUAUUCGUCUCGGGCCUUUCCUUUCCUUUCCUUCAACUUGAAGUCUUCUCCACGGGGCGGCUUCCACCUCCUGCCGGCCACAUUGCAGCCUCAGCUCCUAAAUCAAAUAGGAGCACUGUAAGCCCACCCGCUCACUGCCAGCCUGAGUGGCACGCAUCCUGGGCACUCACUCGUUGGCAACCCCAACUGGAAAGACUCGGACUCCACGCCUGACCGCCAGUGGGUUGACUGUAUUCUGCAGCCUGCCACCGCAGAGUGCAGCGUCUUGGUGUUCAGCUCUGCCUCUGUCAGGAGCCUGCGCUGCACAUGUGUCUCAACUUGAAUUGUCCCACCUGCGUGUUCGGCUUCUCUUGGUCGUGCAUAAUAUCGCACAACCCCGCCAACGUUCUUACAUCUCUUCAACCUUCACCUCGCCAGACAGCAUAGUCUUCUUCCAUCCUUCUGACGGCCCGGCAGCCCCAGAGUGAGUUCUAGGCUAGUUCUCGGCCCGCUUUAGCACCAAUCCAAGCCCAACCUGACCGCCUGCUGGCUCGUGCAACUCAACUGCAAACCUCAACGAGUCAGGGCGCUGCCGAUUACACGGGGCCGCCGCGUUUGCCAUGGCUGGGCGCCGGUAUGACGACGACAUCUCCAUCGACCGCUACGAAGAUCGAAGGGAAUACUCCUCUAGAGGUGGUCGCCGGGUCUACGAUGACCGCUACACAGAAGAAGAGAGAGACUACCGUCGUAGCACUCCGGUGCUGCGUGAACGGGAAAGAGAGCGAGAGGUCCUUGUUCGCGACGAUGUCCGAGAACGACCUCGAUCUGGUCUGGACUUUCUGCAAGAUGGUUACGGUCGAACCUCUGCUGGUCCCGUCGUCUUGUCCAAGCGAGAACGAGAAGACUUUGAGUUCGCUCCUCGACCUCGGCGACGGUCUCCCUCGCCCGAAACGGAACGUAAGUUUGAAAAAGAGGAGAUUAUUGUCAGGAAACGGGACGACUCGAUAUCCAGGCCCCCUACACGGCUGAGGGAGCGAGACCGUGAUUACGAGCGUGAUGAGGUUAUCAUCCGCCGAGAUGAGCGAGAGAGGGACCGUCGUCUACCUCCACCCACCCGUGAUCGCGAGCGAGACGAAAUCAUUAUCCGAAGGGACGAGAGGGAGCGAGAACGUGAUCGAGAUUUUCGACCUCCUCCCGCACGUGAACAGAAUUCUUCACGCGAGGAGAUCCUCAUCCGGCGGGACGAAGGGGACCGUCGAGUUCGGUACGAGGCAGAUUAUGAUAGAGACGACGUUGUUUCCCGAAGAGGCGAUUAUGCCAGAUCUGCCAGAGGUGAUGUUGACAGAGAAGAAGUCAUCAUCCGCCGUGAAGAACAGAACCUUUCUCCUCGAUACGACGACUAUGCUUUGUCACGUCCCAAGUCACACGAGAGAGCCAGAUCGAGAUCUCGCCCUCGACGGUCUAGCAGUGCCUCGAACCAGGAGAUCAUUAUUCGUCAAGAGGAGCGCGAGGGUCGUGCUGGUACUCGUGAUAGACAAGAAAUCAUCAUUCGGAAGAAUUCUCGGUCGCGGUCUCCUUCGCCAUCCGUUGCGUCUGCACCAGCUGCACCACCGCCACCACCAGAGCCUCAGGUCAUCAAUGCUCCUACCAUACACCAAGAAGUGAUCACGCAUCAUCGUCACAUUGAUCACGGAUUUGAGGUCGCCAUACCCACCCGUCCUCGGGUGAUCUCUCGACCGCCAUCACCACCGAGCCCUCCGCCUCCUCCGCCCCCAGCCCCGCGGGCUCGUUCAGAAGAGCGCAUUCAAAUCAGUCGGACCCAGACUAGGAACGGCCAAACAUCUGCGGAGGACAUUGUCAUUGACCGGAACGAGGGUCCGGCUGCUCCCAGAGGACUGGCACCUUACUCACCCCCUCCUCCGCGAGAUCCAUACUAUGAUCCGAUUCCUGCUCGUCAUGACUAUAGUUACGAUCGGGAUGUGCAAGAAGAGGCCGAAUAUUACAACAGGCGUGCGGUUGAACGGUCUUACGUAGGCGAGGGCUACCAUGGAGCAACUAGAGAUUGGGCUAUAGUCGAUGUACCUCCCGGCACACGUCGGGUCCGAAUGGAUGGGGCUGGCGGUGGCAGUCAGGAGAUCACUUGGCAGCGAUACAACGGCGUACGACGGAGCAAGUUCAUUCCGGACGGGGUGCCUGAUGAUGCGUAUCCAAGUGAGAUUGGUCGACCAGCUCCCUUGCCGGCUCCCAUGCCAGCCCCCGCGCCGGUACCAGCGGCGAACGGAGAGAUUGGCAGACGAUACGGCAGAGAACGAGAUCCUACGGAGGGCUUGUGGACCGAAAUUACCAAAGAUCUGGUUGUCAAGGAAGCCAUCCAAGAAAUGGGCUAUGAGUUUGAAGAGACGGAUGACUUCUAUUAUAUCAUGUCUUAUCUACGAUAUGAAGAUGUUGCUCGCCUUGUUGGACUUUCCGAGGAUAUCCGCAAAGAGCGAAGAAAGCGGGUCAAAGAGAUUGAAUGGGAGAAUCGUGUUUUGCCUCCUCCGCCAGUGGUAGAGGAGGUUCCGCGCCCACUUGCCAUUGAACCCCCACCGCCGCCCCGACCUCGUCAACCAUGGGAUCGGGAAGAAGAGCGAUACAUUGAACGGGAGAUCGUGUACAAGGGUGGACGACCUCCGCCACCUGUUGGUUGGAGGCGCUAACCAGAGCCAGAUCGGCUGCUGUCUGGCGACCUUUCGGAGCAGGUAUAGAUCCAGUGCACGAAAUGAUAACGAAUUUCUUUUGUUUGAGCAAUGGAUGGGAUAACGAAGUACGGAUCCUGUUUGCACGAAACGGCCAUGCAACCACGAAAGACAUGGCACUUACAACUGUCGGUUACGGUUCCUGACGGUCGUUUUGAACUUUUGACAUGUUUGUCUGACUGCAUACAGCAAGCGCCAGCGAGGACAUAUUGAAAGACGACGUGGACGACAUGAGUGGGCAUUUACGAGACGAUAUGGCAAUAUACGUGGGUUCGUGGACUGAGGCCUGUUCGAGGUCGACUCGGUCAACACUGCUAGCGUGAGCAUGAACGUAGAUCUGGAGAGUGCUCUGCUGUGGGAAACGAUCCCUGGGACGAUAUUACGACUAGACGAAUGCUGGAAUGAUUCUUGUGUAGCUUCUCAGAAAGUGGUUUUGGCUUUGUUGGCCAAUCGGACGACGACGAAUAGUAUGCCAAAAGCUUUCAUUUACUCCUGUCUCGGGAAAGAAGAGCGUCACUCAUUGCACGAAAUUAACAUCUUUCAUUUUGACAUUGUCGACUCCCG